CCUACAUUUACCACCGUAUCUCCCACAGCCUUACUACCUCCACUACCUACCUACCUCUACCUACCUACCCAAACUGCAUUCUUGUUCUCAAGUAGACAGUUCACAGUUCCCUACUUCCACGCAACUCCAACGCAGAAUGCCCGUCAUGACCAGGCUUCAUGGAAAGACCGCCGUAAUCACCGGCGGCGCUACUGGCAUCGGCCGCGCCGCAGCAAAGCGCUUCAUUGAGGAAGGCGCCUUCGUCUUCAUCCUGGGUCGCCGGCAGGAGGCGCUCGACGCCGUUGUGGCCGACCUGGGGCCCAAUGCCCGCGGAGUGAAGGGCUCGGUCUCCGAUCUAGCCGACCUCGACCGACUCUACGCGGCAGUAAAGUCCGAGCGCGGAACCGUCGACAUCGUCUUCGCCAAUGCCGGGGCGGGAAGCCAGCUCCCGCUCGGCGAGAUCACCGCCGAGCACAUUGACGAAAUCUUCGACACCAACGUGAAGGGCUCGAUCUUCACGGUCCAGAAGGCGCUCCCGCUGAUGGGAAAGGGUGGUUCGAUUAUCCUGACCGGCUCGAGCGCGGGUACCACGGGGGCCCCGGGAUUCAGUGUCUACAGCGCGAGCAAGGCGGCAGUGCGCAAUCUCGCGCGAACCUGGGCGGAGGACCUAAAGGGCACCGGCAUCCGGGUCAACGUCUUGUCUCCCGGGCCGACGGCGACCGAGCUCGCGGUGGAAGCGCUAGGCGAGGAAGGCAUGAAGGUUUUCGCCGAGUCCAAUCCGCUUAAGCGCAUGGCCGAUCCCGCCGAGAUUGGAGCGGUAGCAGCCUUUCUCGCGUCGCAGGACAGCAGCUUCAUGACCGCCAGCGAGGUCGCCGUCGAUGGCGGCCUAGCGCAGAUCUAACGUGCUCUGCUCGCUAUUGGGUCUGCUUAAUGUCCGUCCCGCCCUUAUUGCAGUGGUAUUUGGAAAGCUGCGAAACAAUGGGC